AGAAUGACACGAACAAUGAGGCUGCAGGCGUGUGCGUCGGCGCCGACUUCUUCGAAUACGCUUCUGAGGAAGAAGUCGGCACUCGGUAGCCGGGGAGGAGAGGACCAAAGAGGCAAAGAGGAGAGGCCACUUUUGUUUGCUUGCUUCGAUAUUCCGUCUCCAGUCUCCACCCCCCGGGAAUUCCAGAACCAUCCGAUCCAUCCUCUCCUCCUCUACUUCUCGAUGGCCUCUCUCUCGAUGGCCUCUCUCUCCCUGGUUAAGUGCUCCCUCCCUUCCUCUUCUCCUCAUUCUUCGAGAGCUUCGAACCGCGUCCGUGGCGUCGCUCUCCCCCCUACCUCCUCCUCCUCCUCUUCUUCCUCUUCUUCUUCUUCUUCUUCCUCGGUUUCGUUCCUCGAUCGCCCCCGCGGAAGCGGCGGAUUCGCUCUCUUCGACCAUGCUCGGCGGCGAUUCCGAGCCCCGGCGAAGGGGGCCGCCCCUUCCUCCUCAUUUCGAUGCUUCUCCGCGUUGACUCCCGAGCUGAAGUCGACACUAGAUAAGGUGGUCCAGUCCCACAAGGUGGUCCUCUUCAUGAAGGGCACCAAGGAUUUCCCGCAGUGCGGCUUCUCCAACACAGUUGUGCAGAUCCUCAAGUUGCUGAACGUGCCAUUUGAGACUUUGAACAUCCUCGAGAACGAGAUGCUGCGCCAGGGUCUCAAGGAGUAUUCCAACUGGCCCACCUUCCCACAGCUCUAUAUCGACGGCGAGUUCUUCGGCGGCUGUGACAUUACAGUUGAAGCAUACAAGAGCGGGGAGUUACAGGAAAUACUAGAGAAAACGAUGUGCUCUUGAUAAAUGUCCAAGAACAUCAAGGAAUAAUUUAUUUACUUGCCAAAGCUGUUUACAGUGGAUAACUUGGUUUUCACAUAAAAAACGUGUAUAUUGCACGCCCUGCGUUCAUGCGACUCUAACAGUUCAAUCUCGUAGUGUCUUCAGUUUCUAUUGACUCUUUUUAUAGAAUAAUGUAGUCAUUUGAUGAUAUGCCUAAAUCUUCUUAAUAAGUUCAAAACUUUUUGCCUUC